AUGCCAGGUGAGACUGUUACCCUUCAAAUAGGGCAAUGCGGUAACCAAGUUGGACUUCAGUAUUGGAGUAGACUUGCGUUAGAACACGGAUUACAAGCCGAUGGAACUACCCAACCAUACCCUAUUAGUGAGGUAGAGAACCACUUAAACGAUCCCAGUACAGGGUAUAGGCCCAAACGAAGUGAACGAGAUGACCGCUUGGAUUUAUUUUUCAAUUUAACCGAAUCAAAUAAGUAUACACCCAGGGCAAUUCUAGUUGAUCUAGAGCCUUCUGUGGUAUCUAAAGCCACAGCGGAAUUACCUAUGUUUAAUAUGCGAAAUAGACAUUUGUGUGAAAAUGGAGCAGGUGCUGGGAAUAACUGGAAACACGGAUAUGAAUAUGGUUUAAAUCACCAAGAAGAGCUCAUAGACAUAAUCGAUCGAGAAGUUGAUAAAUGUGACAAUUUGGGAAAUUUUCAGUUGAUACACAGUAUUGCAGGAGGUACUGGAAGUGGUGUUGGAUCUUUACUCCUAGAGUUAUUAAAUGAUCGAUAUGGUGAAAAAAGCUUAAUCAACACGUUCCUGGUAUUUCCAUCAAAUGAAAAAGCAAGUGAUGUGGUGGUACAACCUUAUAACACAGUUUUAACCUUGAAACGUUUAACUGAAUUCAGUAAUGGUACGUUUGUUUUUGAUAAUGAUGCUUUAAAUGCCAUUGAAGAAACUUCACUUAAUUAUGAUCGAAAUCGACGUUUCACCAGCAAGAGCACUGCUUAUGCCGAGGCAAAUAAACUAAUAGCAUUGGCACUGGCAAGUAUCUCUAAUCCCAUAAGAUUUCCAUCAUAUAUGUAUAGUUCAAUGGAGUCUAUUUUGCUGUCAUUAGUUCCUACGAAUCAGUUGAAGUUUAUUCUGACAGCUGUGGUUCCUCAUAAAUUAAACGAGCAAGAUAUAAUAUUGGAAUCCAUUAAUAACAGGUAUAAAUUAAAUACGGUUACCGGGCCAGUGAAGUACAUAACAAUGUUGAACUAUGUGAUAGGAAAUAAUGUCAAUCAGAUGGAAUUAAAGAAGGGGCUUAUGAGAAUUAAUCAAAAAGUGGAUUUUGUUCCUUGGUGUCCAAGAUCAAUAAACUUAGUUAUGGGUAAGAAGUCACCUUAUAUCCGAGAGAGAACAUCGGCAGGCCUUCAAGCAUCAAACAAUACAAGUAUUAUACAUGUUCUCAAUAAGACAUUAAACCAUUAUGACAGACUUGCUAAAAGAGAAGCUUAUAUCAAUUAUUAUACUGACUCUAAUAAUAGAGAGGAAAUUUCCCGUGUCAUGGAUUGGUUUAAUGAAUGUCGUGAAGAGGUCCAAAAAGUAAUAGAUGAAUAUAAACAAGCUCAAGAUAUUAGUUAUUUAGAUGAGGUCGAAGACUACGGUGAUGAUGUUUUAGAUAUGGAGGAAGAUGCUCAGUUUGAAGAUGACCCAAGCCAACUUCUUGGACUAUAG